AUGGCAUUGGUGUUCAUCUCGCUUGUUCGCACCUACCAGGAAAAUUCGAUAACUUUUCUUACCGAAACCACCUAUUUGGAGUGGAACACCUCAUUUCCCUCGGUCUCAGUUUGCCAAAUAUCUGGCGCCGAUAUGCCUUUUGAUCAGCGGGACAACAAAGCAAUGCUGGAGUUUUUUAUUACCGACUUGCUGUUUUUUUCUGGCAGUUGCUACGCUUGCCAGUAUGAGUGUUUCUCCUGCUCCAAAGUGAAUAUUUCGCAAAUUAUUCAAAAACUUCGCAAACCUUGUUCGAAGAUUUUAUCAAGCUGCAAAUGGAACGAGAAAGAGUUCAACUGUUGCGACCAGUUUCUGCCUCUGGAAACCGAGUAUGGGGUUUGCUUCUCCUUCAACUCUCUUCAUACUAAGAACCCGAACGAGGAACUGUUAAAUCUGCAAAUGAACAGGGAAACUGGAACAGGGAAACUUUCGAUUGAGACGAUUGAAGACGUCAGGGUGUACAUUCAUGGGCCUGAAGAGGUUCCUUUCAUCAACGCCGAGUCGAACUAUAUGAAGGACAUUUUGCUUGGCGAGCAUUAUGAGAUAUUGUUUAAUGUAGUUGAAAUCGAUAACGAUGCAAGAAUAAUCGAGCUCCCUUUGUGGAAGCGAAAAUGUCGAUUCCCUUGGGAACUUCCUAAUAAUCUUCGGGUUCAUCGCUUAUACAGCUACUCAACUUGCCUGGUUCAGUGCCAUGCAGAUAAUCACUUUCGAAUCUGCAACUGUACUCACCAUCUGAUGCCUUACUAUAAUAAGCGCAGCUACUGCGAUAUCGAGGGCCUAAAGUGUUUGACUAACAAUUUUGAAACUGUAAAUCGGCUACACUCGAAAGGUUCCGAUAAGCCUGGAUUAAGCUGUGACUGUUAUCCCUCCUGCACCGAGCCUGAAUACAAUAUCGUUUCAAAGGAGAAAAGCUCCAACUACUCAAGUAGUGGAAUCACUAUCGAGAUGCAGUCGCUGCCCACAUCCAGAUUCAAGAGGGUUGUUGUUAAAAAUAUCCUGGACUUGGUGGUUUCUAUUGGAGGAGCAGCCGGAUUCUUCAUAGGAGCUUCAUUACUCACCGUUGUCGAAAUAAUUUACAUCUACUUUAUAAGAACAUAGAAAGUCAGGGUUUGUUCAAUGAAUUCGGACAGUUCUAG